AUGGUCAGCUCCUGCUGCUGGGCUCCCACCUGCUGCCAGCCAACAUGCUGCAAGACAGUGUGCUGCAAAACAACCUGUUGUAAGCCAUCUGGCUGCAUAUCCCCCUGCUGCCAGCCUUCAUGUUGCCCACCUACAUGCUGCAGAACAGUUUGCUGCCAAACAACUUGUUGCAAGCCCAGCUGCUGUGUGCCCAGCUGUUGCCAACCCUGCUGCUAUCCAUCCUGCUGCUCCUGCUGCUGGGCUCCCACCUGCUGCCAGCCAACAUGCUGCAAGACAGUGUGCUGCAAAACAACCUGUUGUAAGCCAUCUGGCUGCAUAUUCCCCUGCUGCCAGCCUUCAUGUUGCCCACCUACAUGCUGCAGAACAGUUUGCUGCCAAACAACUUGUUGCAAGCCCAGCUGCUGUGUGCCCAGCUGCUGCCAACCCUGCUGCUAUCCAACCUGCAGUGACUAUAGCUGCUGCCAGCCUUUGUGCUGUGAACCAGCCUGCUGCCAGCCAACAUGCUGCAAGACAGUGUGCUGCAAAACAACCUGUUGUAAGCCAUCUGGCUGCAUAUCCCCCUGCUGCCAGCCUUCAUGUUGCCCACCUACAUGCUGCAGAACAGUUUGCUGCCAAACAACUUGUUGCAAGCCCAGCUGCUGCCAACCCUGCUGCUAUCCAUCCUGCAGUGACUAUAGUUGCUGCCAGCCUUUGUGCUGUGAACCAGCUAGCUGUAGCCCAUUCUGCUGCCAGACUCCCUGCUGCAGGCCCAUCUGUUGUGGGUUCAUCUGCUACUAUCCAGCCUGCUGUUGA